AUGUCAUUUUCACUUUCCGUAACACCAACUCCACCUCUUGUUCUUCCUGUUACAAAUCCCAUUUCAUUAACUACUGCUGAUAUUGAUGCAUAUCGUACCAAUGGUUACCAUGUCGUACCAAAUCUUCUCUCUCCAUCUCAGCUUGAGCAAUGGCGAACAAUAAUCUUCAAUGCUGUACAAGAUCGUGCAGAAAAAAAAUACAAAUUUGCCACAGUAUUGGAAGAAGAUCACACCAAUGUAGAUUUGGACUACUAUGAUAAUGUUUUCACACAACGUGUAAAUCUAUGGCAGACACACCCAUCUGUAAAAGAAUUGCUGCUAGAAAGUGGCUCAGUCAUUGGAAAGAUCGCAGCUGAAUUGGAAGGAGUCGAUUGUAUUCGAAUUUGGCACGAUCAGGCGCUGAUUAAAGAAUCAUUUGGAAAUCCAACUGCAUGGCAUUUGGAUGUUCCAUAUUGGUCCUUCAAUUCCUUACAUGCUAUCAGUGUUUGGAUUGCAUUAGACGAUGCAACAGUUGAGAACGGCUGUAUGUAUUUCAUGCCUGGGUCACACAAAGUGACCGAACGUCAUUUCCAUGAAUCGAAUGAGACAUUUCCUGAAAUCAAAAUCAGUAAAAAUCUUUCAGAUAUAUUUAUGGUUUAUCCUGAAUUGAAGAAAUAUCCAACAAUUCCUGUACCGAUGAAAGCGGGUAGUGCAUCAUUUCAUUGUGGUCAUUUGAUUCACGGUGCUGGUGCGAAUAUGACACCGGGACGGAGAGCAGCAAUGACAAUUCAAAUGAUGCCGGAUAACAUGGUGUUUAAUGGCAAACAGAAUAUUUUAACAAAAGAACAAAUGGAUGAAUUAGAAGUCGGUGUGUCAGUGUUCAAUGAUGAUGAGCGAAAUCCUGUUUUAUAUAGAAAAAACUGA